AUGUUGAGAGCCACUAGAGGGUCAUUGAAUAAGCGUUUGGCGUCAGUAGUGCGUCGUAACUACUCUGGGCACAAGGAGCUGAAAUUCGGCGUGGAGGGAAGAGCUGCUUUGUUGAAGGGUGUGGAAACGCUGGCUGAAGCGGUUUCGGCCACGUUGGGCCCAAAGGGCAGAAAUGUGUUGAUCGAGCAACCUUUUGGAGCGCCCAAGAUCACCAAGGACGGUGUCACCGUUGCGCGGGCCAUUGUUUUGGAGGACAAAUUCGAGAAUAUGGGCGCCAAGCUCUUGCAGGAAGUAGCAUCCAAGACCAACGAGGCCGCUGGUGAUGGUACCACCUCUGCGACCGUUUUGGGGCGCGCGAUUUUCACCGAGUCAGUGAAAAACGUUGCCGCUGGUUGCAACCCUAUGGACCUCAGAAGAGGUACACAAGCUGCAGUCGAGAAAGUCAUCCAGUUCCUCAGUGCCAACAAGAAGGAAAUUACCACAUCCGGUGAAAUUGCUCAAGUUGCCACCAUCUCUGCCAACGGAGAUGCCCAUGUAGGUAAGCUCUUGGCCUCCGCCAUGGAAAAGGUCGGCAAAGAAGGUGUCAUCACCAUCAAGGAGGGUAGAACUUUGGAGGACGAGCUCGAAGUCACCGAGGGUAUGAGAUUUGAUCGCGGUUUCAUCUCUCCUUAUUUCAUCACCGACGCUAAGUCCAACAAGGUGGAGUUUGAGAAACCAUUGUUGUUGCUAAGUGAGAAGAAAAUCUCAUCUAUCCAAGACAUUUUGCCAUCUUUGGAAAUCUCUAACCAGACCAGAAGACCAUUGUUGAUCAUUGCUGAAGACAUCGACGGUGAAGCUUUGGCCGCCUGUAUCUUGAACAAGCUCAGAGGUCAGGUCAAAGUAUGUGCCGUCAAGGCUCCAGGCUUCGGUGACAACAGAAAGAACACUUUGGGUGACAUUGCCAUCCUUUCAGGCGGUACCGUGUUCACCGAAGAGUUGGAUUUGAAACCUGAGAACUGCACCGUGGAACAUCUAGGAUCUUGUGACGCUAUCACCAUCACCAAAGAAGAUACUGUUAUGCUUAACGGUAACGGUAGUAAAGACAACAUCACCGCUAGAGUCGAACAAAUCAAAAACUCUAUCGACUUGACCACCACGAACUCUUACGAGAAGGAAAAACUACAAGAACGUCUAGCUAAGCUAUCUGGUGGUGUUGCUGUUAUCAGAGUUGGUGGUUCUUCUGAGGUUGAAGUUGGUGAAAAGAAGGACCGUUACGACGAUGCUUUGAACGCCACUAGAGCUGCCGUUGAAGAAGGUAUCCUACCAGGUGGUGGUACCGCUUUGUUGAAAGCUUGUAAGGUCUUGGACGAAGUCGAGACUGAAAACUUUGACCAAAAAUUAGGAGUGGACAUUAUCAGAAAGGCCAUUACCAGGCCUGCCAGAAAAAUCAUCGAAAAUGCUGGUGAGGAAGGUUCCGUCAUUGUUGGUAAAAUCAUCGAUGAAUAUGGCGACGACUUUACCAAAGGUUACAACGCUGCCAAGGGUGAAUACACAGACAUGCUAGCAGCUGGUAUUAUCGAUCCUUUCAAGGUCGUGAGAUCCGGUUUGGUCGAUGCCUCCGGUGUUGCCUCUUUAUUGGCCACCACUGAAGUCGCCAUCGUGGACGCUCCUCAGCCACCAAGCGCUGGCCCUCCAGGUGGAAUGCCAGGUAUGCCAGGCAUGAUGUAA